AGAAUACAAUUUAGUUAGUAGUUAUGUUUGUGUCGGCAAUAUAGUUACCUUAACUAACCAUAUCUGUUAAUUCUUCAACCAAUCAACUCAUUCAUUAUUACUUUCAUCUGAGAUUCAAUUCAAAGUCAGAGUAAUUCAUACACAAACUGUCUCUUGAACAUGGAUGGUCUGAUCAAGGGGUUGAUCGACGUAGCUCUCGGCGGCAACAACAAUCACGAUCAGCAGGAUAAUGAUCGCGACGAACGUUCCAGAUCCUCUUGGUCUGAGGUUGUUUCCGGUGAUCAGGAGAAGGAUUCCGAUCACCAUCCUCAGAAGGAGGAAGUAGAAACAUGGCAAGACAAUAGUAACCGUCAUAGUCCUCGGCCUCAUAAGGAACAAUAUCGUCCUCAGACUCAGAGGCAGGAGUAUGAAUCUGAAACUUUCAACUCUCCCAACAGACACAACAAGGAACAAUAUCGUCCUCAGCAGCAGGAGUAUGAAUCUGAAACGUUCAACACCUCCAACAGACCCAACAAGUCAGAUGAAGGUAACAACGAUGGAUGGCAGACUGUGGGCAAACCUUCAAAACAGACACACAAGGUUCCCAAGGAUAACUGGAACAGCUAUAAACGACCUGCUGAUGAGCAACAAUACUCCAACGAAGUUGAAGUUGGUUCCAGAGUGGAGCCCUCAGAAGAUGAACUUGCUGAUCUAUCCAGAGCUUGCGAAAAACUCUGGGAUCUGGAUUUAAAUCGUUUGACACCUGGCAAGGAUUAUGAAAUUGACUGUGGUGAAGGGAAAAAAGUUUACCAAAAGGAUGAUAUGGCUCAGGGGAGCUUGUUUACAUGGGUUAGUGAUGAUGUAUUCAGAAAGCCUACCUAUGCUAGAUUUCUUUCACUGUUAGAUAAUUACAAUCCACAUCAAGGAUCUAAGGAGGUUGUCACAUCUGAAGAAAAACAAGAGCAAGCUUCCUUCAUAGAAGAAAUUAGUAGAACAGCACCGAUUAAAUAUCUUCACAAGUUUCUUGCAUCGAAAAGAAUCACAUCUGGGAGUUCCCAAGAUUUCAAACGAUUGUUGACCAGUUUGUGGUUUGACCUUUAUAGCCGUUGUGGAACUUCUGGUUCCUCUUCUGCUUUUGAACAUGUUUUUGUUGGAGAAAUCAAACAAACCAGUGAAGUUUCUGGAUUUCAUAACUGGCUGCAGUUUUACCUUGAAGAAACAAAGGGGGCAGUUGAUUAUCAAGGCUAUAUUUUCCCCCGUCGACGGGGUGAAGUUCCUGACUCUGAAACCCAGCUUUUAACAAUUCAGUUUGAAUGGAAUGGUGUUCUAAAGUCUGUAUCAAGCACUUUGGUUGGAGUGAGCCCUGAAUUUGAAAUUGCUUUGUAUACCCUGUGUUUCUUUGCUGGUACGGAAGAUAACCACAUUCAGAUUGGUCCAUAUCCAGUUAAUAUCAAGUGCUAUCGUUUUGGGGAUCGAAUUGGAUCUGUUUUCCCCAUUGCAGAUUCAUGAAUGUUCAGCUGCUAGCAAUGAUAGUAUUGUUUCUCUGUUGAAAUCACAUCUUAUGCAUAUUUGGUGUACCUUGUAGCUCAUAGCUGUAAAGGCAGCAAUAUCAGAACCAUAAUUGAUAUGUUAUUGUGUAUUAUUGUUAAACAACUUCAUAACCAUGGUAAAACAAUAUCGCGAGGAGUACACAUGAUGCAUUUUUUUAUUUUGAUCUGAUUGAAAAGAAAUCUAGUGGAACUAGUUGGUUUCUAUUUUGUAAUUUAGAACCUGAAUCAAUAUGCUAUUGUGUAUUAUUGUUAAAUAUCUUUGACUUUGCUGACUUGA